CCACGAUUGCUUCAUCUCAAGUUGGAUGAACAAUUCAAUCAUUCAAUACACAAAGGUGAUCUCCCGGAUUGUCUGGUGAGUCUCGAGCUUGGCCAUAUGUUUAGCAAUACCAUCACACCAGGUGCACUACCACUGUCACUUAAGCACUUAACGUACAGAGGUGGUCAAACUCAACAUAUCGUGCCAGGCCUGUUCCCGCCAUCACUCAUCAUGUUGACAAUGUCCACGUUCAACUUUGUCUUGGCACCCAACACACUACCAUUGACUUUAAGAUUAUUGAAUCUUGGUCAAUCAUACAACCUACCUAUUGACAUUGGAGUGCUUCCGGAUGGUCUCACAUCGCUUUCAUUGGGUAACCAAUUCGAUCAACUUAUUGAGCCUGGUGCAUUACCCAACUCCAUCACGAGCCUGAGGUUUGGCAACAACUUUAGUCAUAUGAUACAGCCCGAGGCAUUGCCAAACUCACUCAUAUAUCUUACUCUGGGCGAGAGGAACACGCAUCAGUUGAACACUGGUGUGCCUCAAUCACUCACCAGUCUGACAUUGUAUGGACAACAGGGCAUGCCAUUGAGCCAGACCCUGCCGCCGACCAUCAGACACUUGGUGACAUUCAACAGUCCCUGGCAGCCAAGAUUAUACACCAAUAUGUUGGAGUCGCUGGAGGUCAACUCAGAGUAUGGCUGGAGCAUCAAGCCGGCAACAGUGCCAUUUUCGCUCACAUCAUUGAAGCUGGGAUGUGGCUUCACUGACUUUACUGAUGGCGCACUACCACCAUCACUCGAGACAUUGGUGCUGGGCAAUGACUAUGACAGGCCAAUUGGUAAUGGAUUGUUGCCAGACUCGAUCAAACAUCUAAAGAUGGGAAAUAACUUUAAUCAGUUGAUUGAGACGUUGCCACCGGCACUUGUCACUCUGGAGUUUGGUGAAUGCUACAAUAUUCCAAUAAUCAAUGAUCAUUGGAUACCGACCACAUUGCAAAGCCUGACCUUUGGUCUACAGUUUGAUCAACCUCUGACGGCAGGACUACUACCCGAGUCACUCACACAUCUUAGGCUGGGACUAUGCUUCAAGUAUACAUCAAUGGAUCUACCUCAAUCACUCACCUCACUAUCAUUGUCCAUCACUAAUCGGAAGAAACUGGCAACUGCUGCCAAUGGAUACUUGGUGUUUAGGAGCAUGCUACAACUUAGAGAGAUACCAUCACUUCCUCAUCAUGUCAAGACCUUGACCAUAUACUAUGAUGGUAUCAAUUUGAAUCAACUUCGAAUUGAGUGCAUCAAGCUUGCUAGAGGAGACAACAAUCAAUCGUUGGAGAAUAUUAUCAUGAAUGUUGUCGAUGAUGAGGGUACAAAUCGAAGUCAAGGUCCAGGUCUAGACCAGACAUUGGUGACCACACACCAAUGUAUUGUUAGACGUCUAAACAAGGAUCAUGCACUCUGUAUCCUGAAUCGCGAUACACAUCUCCAACUCAAUCACACAUUGCCAUCAUACAUAUACUUCUUGGACCUCAACCAAACGAUCACUCAUGGAACAAAACAACGAUCAAUCAAGCCCACGCGCCAGGCCAUGGCACAUUCAUCAUCAACGAAGAAGGGAUGCAUCAUU